UGAUAAAACUGAUUGAUACAUCUACUUUAUACUGUAAUGCAGUAGUACUUUAUUAUACCACUUUAAUUGACAAAAGGAACGAAAUUUUCUGAGUUUUUAUGGCAUCGCGACGUAAAUCCUCUAAGCAGAGCAGACUCGAAAGCAUCAAGGAGCGAGACAGCAAUUCGACUGCACGACUUAGUUCGCAAAGGAGAAGAAGUUCUGAACGGAAAAGCUCUGGCAAAAGAAAAUCGUCAAGUAAAUCCGGGAAAAAGUCUUCCGGACGCGCUUCGAGGGAUUCGCGAAUAGGUUCGAAAAAGAGUUCCACUGCUCGUAAAUCCAGUGUCAGAAAAAGCAGCGCCCGCUCAUCUGCCAGUGACACACAACGUCGCAGUCAGAGCAGCCGCAAUACCGACGACUCUGAUUUGUCACCCGAUGAACAUGUUUUAGUGCAACGUCCGCCUCCUGGUUCCAGAAGUGGCAGCGUUGGCUAUGAUGAGCACGCUGUGUCCCUGGGCGACACAGGAGACUUUAAUGUCUUCCCAGAACGCCUUAAAAAAGAUUCGUUUAUGUCCGGAUCGAAGACAUCAGUGGCACUGCCUCGUGGUAGCGCAUCCGUGGGCGAGCCAACGAUGGGGUCACUCGUGGGAUCUGCAUCAAGGCAGUCAACCAUGGAAGCACCACCGGGAAGCUUUUCUUCAGCUGGAACGGGCCUGCCCAGACAGCCAUCUAUGCCACGUCAAUCAGCAAUAUCCGCGCCACUUCCAGGUGGUUUUGCUACCCAAGCGGGGUCAGUGAGUUCAGCACCUCGGCCGUCUUCCAUACCCAGACAGUCGUCUGUGCCGCGACCGUCAUCCAUAAGCGCUGUAACUGCUGGAAGCGGUUCUAUGGCGAUGACCGGUUCAGUCAGUUCUGCUCCCCGACAGUCGGCAAUAACAGCAGCCCCGUCCGGCAGUUUCUCAACGCCCCGAUCAUACACGGCAGCAUCACUCGCAACGCCCAUGAUGGUGGCAAGAUCAAUGUCCAUGGUACAGGAUGCUGAUGCCCAGUCAAGAGCCAGCGCCGCUCCGUCUCCAUCCCUUGGUGGUGGGGACUUCCCAAGGCAGUCGUCAGUCAGCGCUGCUCCUAGAACGAGCGGCCCCGGGCGGGUAGUGGAAACGACAACAGUCACCAGAAUUAGUAGUCCAAGUGGAAUGGGACAAAGCAGUGGAGUCACUGCAAAAACGUCACCUUCCAUGGAUCUGUCUCACUCGUCACCGGAACGCGAGUCAAAAACGUCCGGUACAGCAAAAAAGUCAGGCAAGAAAGCCUCAUCGGUUAGUGGCGGCAAAAAGAGUGGUGAAAAAAGCAAAGGAGGAAAAGCGAGUGGGAAAUCAAAAAAGAGCUCCGGCAAAAAAUCAAGUGCCAGUGAGCCGCCAAAAAAGAGUGGUAGUAAGAAAGUGACAAAGAAAAGUGGCAGUAAGAAAAGUGGGAAGGGUUCUAAAGGUGGAAGUAAGGCCGGCAGCGGAAGCAAGAAAGGUAGUAAGGGCAAAAAGAGCAGUGCUUCCAAAAAAUCCAGUCGUGACAGUGAAUCUCCGAAAGCUAGCAAAAAAAGUUCGACUGGUUCCGGUGGAAAAGGCUCUGGUGGAUCGUCAGCAGCAUUCGAUAUGGACGUUUUUGAGCAAGUCAGACAAAAUUACGAGGCGGAACAUGGAAAAAUUUCCGAAGAAGAAACACGCAAGCCUUCUGAUGUGGGAGGUAAAAAGGUUUCAUACAACACUUUUCCUGAUGAUGAAAUGAGACGGAGUACGCAAUGGUAUUCGAAUCCCAAUGGAGAACCGGUAGAGGUCACCACUCAGGAACGGCGAAGUUCGCAGAAGUAUAUGGACGAUGGUGGCAGCGAAGAUUACGAACCUUUUGAAGUGGUGCAGGUGCGCAAAAGUACCAGGACGUACUUGGACGAAGGGCUAACGGAGCCGGUAGAGGAGAUGGAAAUGCGUAAGAGCACCAAGAAGUAUAUCAAUCCAGCUGGAUCGCAGUUAUUUGAAGUGCAACUACGCAAAAGCACCAGACGCAGUAAGCAGUCGAGUGUUGCCCCGGGGGCACGACCAUCGAGCGCUAGCAUUGCUCCCAAGGACAGUGUUGCUGGAAGUCGAGAAAGCCUGACGGGGAAGCCUCGUGCAAGUUCGGCGGGAACUGCUGCAAGGAAGAGUACAACAGGACCGAAGAAAAGUUCGGACGCAAAGAAAGGGUCAAAGGCUAGCGCGGGAAAGAAAGGCUCGAAAAAAAGCGGAUCCAAAACGGGCUCGAAAGCUGGUUCGAAAGCUGGUUCGAAGGCUGGAAAGGGUUCCAAAGUUUCGGGUGCCAGUAAGAAAGAAAGUGAUGCCCACGUCGGUGAUGGCGACGGUCCAAAAGCCAGUGGAACGAAGAAAAGUAGUGCUAGCAGAAAAAGUAGCGCAAGCGGUUCCAAAUCUAGAUCCAAGUCCAAGGGAAAGAGCAGCGGAUUUUUUUCUCGUUUAUUUGGAAGUAAGACAAGUAAGAAGAGUUCAGUGAAAAAGAGUGGAGCGAAGAAGAGUAGCGUCAGCCGUAAAAGUACCGCUGCGAGUUCGAGGCCUAGCGAAGAUAUAUCACCAGAGAAAGCAACGCUGUCAGUCGUACCUGCGCCCUCCAUUGUUCCUGACGUUCCUGUCCGGGAAUCUAACGGAGUAUGCAGAGAUGAUUUAUUGUUGGCAAAACAGACUGCCGAAGCAUCAAUACUUCGAGCACAGAUUGCGGAAGCUGAACUGCAGCGUGCGCGAUCUUCGUCUACCGGCAGCGCCAAAACGUGUGUUACGUGUAGCUCAUCUGCUAGUUCAAGAAAGUCUGAACCCAGUCCGAACUCUGUUCCGGAUAUGCAUCACAAAAUCAUGAUGAAACUCAGCGAAAUUCAGGCGGUGCGCAAUGAAAUCUGUUGCUUACGAGAGGAAGCGGAAAAUUCGGCUGACAUUCUGGAAGAGAAGCGUUGUUGUUUCGCCGAACUACGAGAGAAGCAUGCUAAUCUGCAAAAUACCUUAACGCUGGAAUUCGAGCGCGAAAAGCAGGUCAACCACGAAAUUGAAGACACGGAACAGCUUGUGCACAGUCUGGAGGAAGAAACCAAAGAACGAGAACCUUUCAGUGAACGCGACCGGCAUAUGUACCAUGUCCAGCAGUUGGCACAUGAAGAUUUUAGCUAUAUGGAGGGAUACAGUGAAGUGCACAGCGUCCUGAUGUUCGAUAAGAUCGACACCCUGAAAGUGUGGCAUGAAUUAGCCCAGGACUACAUUGAAGAGACAACAUGCAUGACCGAUUCACAGCAAAAAGCCAAACAGGCGUUUACGGCCGCGGCCGCUAAGUAUCAGCGGCUGCGCACUAAUCGUGACCAUCUGUCGUCGGAACUAACAAAUCUCCAGGACGAGAGCGAACGGGAGUUGCAUGUAGCUACCAUGGAGGAUCAGGCAGAGAGGCAGAUGGAUCAACAGAUUGUGGCGAAGUACAAAGAUCAUCUGCAGCGCUGUCUGAUUACGCGGGAUUUGAAGUACGAAACCGUGUUGGAGUCAAAGGAUUUCUUAGUGGCGUCGGUAAAAGAACUGGUCGAAGGACUUUAUGAUCGUCAUGUGGCACUGGAUGCUGCUGGGAUGGAUACGUUAAAGACUCUCGAAGACUUACUGGAGCUGGGAGAGAAUCAGAGAUUCACUCGCGAUACAACAAAACUGAUAGCAGCGUUGCCAACUGAAGCGGACUAUAUUGAUCAUUUAGAGAGGAUUCAGAAAGUCCUUCAGGAAUAUAUUUCGUGUAUGAAAGAAAUUGAUAACCAGCGCGAAGAUCUGCUAAAAGAGCGUGCGGCGUUGUUGGGUGUGGACGAUUACGGUUUACAGCCAGCUGAAAACCCGGACGGUCUUCCUGAUGACUACUGCGCUUGUCCGUGCCAAUCAGAGUGACCUUACACCGCUUGAUGGCAGUGACCGCUAUGACGUUACUAGUUGCUGUUUGGCAUUGCCCCCAUAUCUUCGGGAUCUAUAAAAUAGUUGUUACUGGGACGCUGUUACGAUUAACUACUGCUGUAGUUAGCGUUUUUAUGGUUUUAAAACUUUGUUAAAUUUGUUCGCCAAGCUUGCAUUAGAAUUUUAGUAUUUGUUUUCGGGAUAGAAUUUUGUUUUUUUUUUCUUUAAAGCUUGUUUUAUUUUUUAUUUGCAACUGCAAUUAAUUUAGCUGCAAUCUCUAAAACUGCAAGCUCAUGAGCUGUAUUUUGUUUAUGUACAAUUGUAUAUGAGGGACCGCGUCACCGCUGUGUUUCUUAGAUACAGACGUGUGAU